AUGACUUUGAUCCCAGAUACAGCUGCUUUAUAUCAUGGUGAUGAUGAUGGCGUUGGUAUACAUCAAAGAAGUGUCAAUCAACAAUCUGAUUCUAUGGCACCAAAAUUACCUUUUGAUGUCAAUGAUUAUCUUAACUUUGAACUCAAUGAAGAUUUCAUAUCUUCCAGUGGUGAUUUCAUCAAUGAUUACUCAACUUCUGAUUCAAAUCACUCUGAUUCAUGCUUCUCUGUACACCAAUCUUCUUCAAAAUCUUUAGAUGGUGGGUUUAAUCAAUUGACUUAUGAAAUGGAUAUCUUUGAUAAAGAAAACUAUGAUUAUGAACAUGAUUAUAAUGACAUUAGUCGUUAUGGUGAAUUCAAUGAUGAUGACGAUACAUGCUACCUGAAGAACUAUAAACUAAGCUCUGGUGCUCAACCAACAUUACCAUCAAAUGAUUUCAAGAUUUUUGAAUAUGAUCAUAAAGAUUUCAAUUGUUCAGUCAUCACAAAAUUAAACAACACACCAUGCAAGAAUAAAAUCACUUGCAAUUUCCAUUCAAUUCCAGAAAAAUCUAAAGUUGAAAGAUGUGAUUCAGUUUUAAAAUUGAUUAAAAAUUUCAAAUAUUUACAAAAACUAAAUGAAGAUAUUUCAAAAUUUACAAUAUCAUCAAAGUCUAAAUCCAAAUCAAAUGGUUACACAGCUGCUAGUCGUAUGAAGAGACAUAAUUCAUUUAAUGAUUCAUCACAUAUUAAGAAAAAACCUCAAUUACUGAAUCCAAUAGAUAUCUUGAAUGAUAAUGAUGAUUAUUAUCAAAAUGAAGAAGAUGAUGAUGAAUUUAUAAAUACUUUGAUUUUAAAAAUUGGAUUGUUAAAAAAUGACCCUCAAGAAAGAUUAUUAGAAUUUCAAUACAAGACUGAAUUGAAAAAUUUAGCAACUAUUGAAUAUUAUAAUCAAAACCAAUUCACACUAUGA